GGAUCAACCAUUGGUCAUAUGGGUGAUGAAAUCGUUGGAUGUGUUCAUAGUAUUGAGAUUGUUGUGAAUGGCGUUAGUGUGGCUCAAAAUUUUUACGUAACUCGAAUUGACCUCCAAUCUAUUGCUUGGAAUGCCGU